UUCCCUCGAACCGAGCUUCCUUCUUCUCUCCUCUUCACCAUUUUAGUUCCAUCCAGUGUCCAGAAACCCCAAGAAGGAUUUUCUUUGCUUCAUUUCUGUUUUCGGCAUUUGAGAUUAUUUUGGGAAAUACAUGUCCCACGGUUGCUGACUAGAGACGCACUGGCCUUUUCCGACAUUCGGGAGGGGAUCUUGCAGUUAGAGUGAGAUGCAGAGAGCUUCAACUUUGUGGCUCGGCAUGAAGUAAUCUUCUCCUUUGAUCUACAGAACGGUGUUCCUCUUUUCCAGCUAAAUGUGCUAAAGUAUUUCGAAAGUUUAUGUGUCGGUGCCAUUAACGACAGCACGUGCAGCUUUUUCUCCAUGCGUAAGAACAUUCAAUAGAUACACCCAUGCCGAUUGCCGAGUAAAACAAUAUCAAUAGCGUACUAGUAUUGAUAUUAUUGUCGUGCUGGAUCAAUUGCUCUGUCCGACACUAGUUGGUGUUGGGUUUUGGUUUUUGGAGUUGUUCUCUCGAGAAAGAACCAGUUUUGGAGAGAAAUGGCGGGACCGGCGAGGCCUCAAUUCGUUCUUUUCGGAUCCUCCAUUGUCCAAAUGUGCUUCGGCCAUGGUGGUUGGGGUGCCGCUCUCGCUGAAAUCUAUGCUCGCAAGGCAGACAUUGUGCUGCGAGGGUAUUUUGGGUGGAACUCACGACGUGCUCUCCAGGUCCUUGAUCAGGUUUUUCCGAAGGAUGCUGCUCUACAGCCUUCCUUGGUGAUAGUUUAUUUCGGCGGUAACGAUUCAAUGGGGCCUCACUCAUCUGGCCUUGGCCCUCAUGUACCACUUCCUGAAUACAUUGAGAACAUGAGAAAGAUUGUGACUCAUCUCCAGAGCCUUUCAAAGCAAACACGCAUUAUUGUUUUAAGUAGUCCUCCUGUCAAUGAGGCCAAGAUUCGUGAAAACAAAAGUGAGUUUGUAAGUGAGGUUGUUAGGACAAAUGAGUUAUGCCAGAGUUACUCAGAAGCUUGUAUAGAGCUGUGCCAAGAAAUGAGUGUGAAGGUUGUCGAUCUUUUUACUGCACUUCAGAAAAGAGAUGAUUGGAUGGAAGCUUGCUUCACAGAUGGGAUUCAUUUAUCAGCUGAAGGGAGCAAGAUAGUUGUUGGGGAGAUACUGAAGGUUCUCAAGGAAGCUGACUGGGAGCCAUGUCUACACUGGAAGUCUAUGCCGACAGAAUUUGCUGAGGAUUCCCCAUAUGAUCUUGUCGCUGCUGAUGGAAAGACAACCUUGAAUCCCUCGGACUGGACAUACCACAUGGAGAAUCAGUGGGACUAGUUUGCAGAAUCAAACAUAGACGACAAUAAUAAUACAUCUCUCUCUCUCUCUCUCUCUCUAUAUAUAUAUAUAUACAUAUACACAUAAACUUAUUGUAGUUGGUUAUUCAUCAUUCAGGAAAUUAAGGGCUGGUGUGUUACAAGCUAA